AUGACGAAAUUAACUCAUAAUAUACAGAAGAAACAGCAUAGAGAACGUUCUCAAACUGAAAAGAGAGCCAAGUAUGGGUUAUUGGAAAAGAAGAAGGAUUAUAGAUUAAGAGCCAAUGAUUAUCAUAAGAAACAAGCAGCUCUUAAAGCAUUAAAAGCUAAAGCAGCAACUUAUAAUCCUGAUGAAUAUUAUCAUGCUAUGACAAAGAAGAGUACUGAUAACAAUGGUAUAAUAAUUUCUGAAAGAGAUAAUGAAGUGUUAUCAGUAAAUGAAGUGAAAUUAUUAAAGACUCAAGAUGUAAAUUAUAUUCGAACCAUACGUUUAAAUGAAUUACUGAAAAUAAAGAAACAAAAGGAAACACUAGAUUUUAAAGCUGAUGGGAAACAUACAGUAUUUGUGGAUUCUAAACAAGAUUUAAAUAAUUUUGAUGCAGCAGAAUAUUUCAAGACUGAUUCAUCUUUAUUAAAUAGACGAGAGAAUAGAUUAAAAUUAGAUCAAUUACAAACCAAUAAAAAAUUAGUACAGAGUCAAGAUAUACUUUUAAAAGAGAAAAAUGAUGUCAAGAAACUUAAGCAAUUUAAACUUUUACAACAAAGAUUAAAGAGAGAAGCCGAAUUAAAACAAAUAGAAUCAAGAAUGGAACAAACUAAAGAAUUAAUGAAGAAAGGUAAUAAAAAGAAAGUUGUUGGCUCUAAUGGGAAAGUAGAAUUUAAAUGGAAAAAUCAAAGGAAAAGAUAG